UUAUUUACUAAUUUAUGAUUAUGUAUGCAUAUACAUAAUUGUAAAUUACAAAACUUUAUUUGAAAAAGAAUAGAAACUUAUGUUUAAGAGAUUGUUUUGUAUUUGAUUAACAUUAAGAUACUUAAUUUAUUAUAACCUCAAAAUGAUUUCAUGAUGAACAUACAAAGGAGCUUAAUAACAAUAAAAAAAGUCUUACGAAAGUAUUCCACUCAAAUUAAGGAAAAGCCUGUAGUAAUAUUAGAUGAAUCUGUAAGACAAGAACUUGAAGCAGAGGCUUACAAACCUAGGUACCAUCCAGGAGUUAUAAAAGCCAAGAAUAUUCGAUUACCAGACUCGUUUAUAGAAGCUGCAGUUAACACUGUAGAAGACCAUUCCAUAAAGAAGCUGAUAGAGGAUAGUAAAAAAUUAGUACACCACUUACAAUUCAGACUGCCUCCUGUAGAACGCGAUGAACUCAGGAAUAAGACAGAGCACUUUCAAAGGAGAGUGCUUCGCCAAUCUAAACAGCCUGAAAUAGUUUCUGAAGAAGAUUUGAAAAAGUAUAAGCAAAGUCUUACUGAUAAAGUUAUUUUUUUACUCAAAAAAGCAGUCUAUCAUUGGACUCCUACAGACUACAAUGAAUAUAAUGCCCUUCUCUAUUUAUUUGGAAGGGCUGCUCCAGAAUAUGCAGUAUUGGUCAAAAUAUUUUCAGAAAUUAAGACUCGAGAUCCAUCCUUUAAACCUAGAAGUUUUUUUGAUUUUGGAUCAGGAAUUGGUACAGGCACUUGGGCAGUAAAUCAUUUUUAUAAGGGAAGUAUUUUUGAAUAUUUUAAUGUGGAUUCAUCAGUCCAUAUGAAUGAUUUAGCUCAAAUUUUAUUGCAAGGUGGCAGAGGAACUAAACAUUUACAACUUAAGGGAGUCUUUUACAGACAAUUUUUACCAGCUGCUUCAGUCUCAUAUGAUUUGGUUUUAUCAGCAUAUACGUUAUUGGAGUUGCCAUCCUUGGAAGCUCGAUUAGAAACGUUGCAAAAUCUGUGGAGAAAAACAGCAUGUUAUUUAGUUUUAGUUGAAUAUGGAACCAAUGCCGGCUUUAAGAUGAUUAAUGAAGCUCGCGAUUUUAUUUUACAAAUGGAAGGUGAAAACAAGGGUCAUGUUUUUAGCCCUUGUCCCCAUGACAAAGUUUGCCCCAGAUUUGUACAUGAUAAUACACCCUGUAAUUUUUGGGUUUCUUAUCAGCCUUUACCUUUUACCAGACCAAUAGAACAGAAAACAGAAACUUAUUGUUUUGUGAUAUUAAAGAAAGGAAAGCGCAGCAGCGAAGCACCAAGCUGGCCUCGUGUGGUCAGAGAAGUCUUAGUGAGGUCAAAACACUCAAUUUGUAGGCUGUGUACCAAAGAAGGGAAUUUACAGGAAAUAAUUUUUACAGCAAACAAACAUGGAAAAACCACAUAUCAUUGUGCAAGAUCUAGUAAAUGGGGUGAUCUGUUACCAAUUUCAAUACAAAACCCUGAAAAUAAGGAUUAGUUCUUAAGAUUUUUAAAAAAGAGAAGCUUCAGACAUGUGCCUAUUUUUUUUUUAUAUAAUGUUAAAUAUACGUUUUUCUC